AUGGCGAGCACGUUCCACGUGGUGCGGUACCGCGUCGGGGGCCCGCCUCUGUGGCACGAGAGGCUCACCCUCGGCGAGCACGGUGGCUUGUCGUACAUCGUCGCCCCCGACCUCGACGACUACGACGAGCCGAACCUCCCUGGCCCUGACAUGCGCGCCGUCCUCCGCCUGACGGGGCAGGGUGACACGCCUCCAGGGCUCGUCGGGGCGACGGUCCACCGCUUCCGUCGCCUCCGUACCGCAGGCGAGUUGUGGGCCGCGGUCAGCCGAUCCGUGGCGGCGGGCUACCCGCCGCCGCCCAAGCCGCUGCCUCUGGCCCUCGCGGCUGGGAACAAGGCGGGUGCCCCGCCUGGCCCCUUCCCUCUGGCGGACCCCGCGGCUGCGCCCGCUGCGCCCGCUGCGCCCGCAGGGGUCCCGCCGCUUGCCGCUGGCGUGGGCGGGGCGUCGCCGCUCGCCGCGCCUGGCGGUGCGCUGGCUGUGGUGCCUGGAGCGGCGCCUGCUGCAGCCGCCGCCCUCGGCGCGGGCCCUGGGCUGCCGGCGUUGGCCGCUGCGCUGGGCGGUGCACCGCCUGCUGCUGCGGGCGCGCCGCUCCCCGCGUGGGUGCGACCGCCCCCUCCUGCUGUGCCUGGCGCGGCCGCUGCAGCCGCGGCUGCUGUCCGUGGAGCUUCUGUGGCGGCUGCGGCGGCUGCUGGCGGUGAUUUCAGGAUCUCCCCGAUGCAGACCGACGUUCGGGGGGAACGCGAGCGGAGGUUCGGCGAGACCGCCAACGCCCUCACCGAGAUGCCCGUGCAAGUGUGGCCCGUGCAAGGGCCGAGGGCCUUGCUCUGGUGCCUCGCUUUCAUGUCGACGGUGGCUGGCACCCCUACUGCUUGGCAUCAGAGGUGGCUCACGGCCUUGAGGCUGCCCGACGAUGACGAGUACGCCAAGCUCCACGAGGCUCUGUGCCGUGUCUUGGACCUCGCCGUGGUCUAUGACCAGCUGCAGGUCUCCAAGAUGGCUUCGUUCGAGGUGGUCGCACGUCAGCUCCAGCUGCUCGAGGGGAGGGCCUACGAGACUCGGGUCCCUUCCGCCGGCGCGGCGGCCCCCGCGGCCAAGGCUGGCAGCAAGGUUUCGCCCGCGGCCAGCGGGUCCGCGCCCGAGACCAGCUUCUUCCUCGGAGCGGGCGUCUCGAAAGCCAAUCUCUGUAUCUCGCCGAAGUUGCUCGAGUGCAUCGCGGAGCUCAUGAAGGCUGAGGCCGCCAUCAGCAAGGGGCGUCCUACGGCUCGCGGGAGGCCGGGCCUGACCUCGGGCCUGUCUGUGGGGCGCGCCCGUGUGGCGCCAGCCAGUCGCAUUGCCCCCUCGCUGCCCAUCCAGAGCGACAGCGAGACGUUUUGCCUCUCCGUCCUCUUCCUGUGGAGCGAAGGAGAGUCUCGGGUAAGACCCUACAACGAGGAGCUCGUCUCCUGGCCGAAGCACGUGGGUGCCCCGUGCGUUGGCCCUCGCCUCCGAUUUCGGCCUCCGGAGUACGCUGGUUUCCUGCUGCGCCUCGACCAGGCUGGCGUGCUUGAGUGGGAGGUCGCCGAUCGUCGGGCGACCUUCUCUACGGGCUUCUUCUUCGUCGAGAAGUCCAACGACGUCAACUUGCGCCUCGUCUUCGACGCGCGGGUCGCCAACUUGUCUUUCGCGACUCCUCCGUCGGCGUGGAGUGUACUCGAGGCUAGCGGCGAUUUGUACGUCGCCCGGGGUGGCAUGCAGUGCUCAUUCUACCACGUGAAGCUACCGCCACAUCAGCACGGAUAUUUCUCAAUGCCCGUCGUUUUGAAUUGGCAUCUCGGCUUCGAGCGGCUCGGUGGUUUGUCCGUCGGGACAAACUCCUACCUGCAGCCGUUCGUGGCCGUCAUGCCGGUGGGCUGGUCGUGGGCUCUCCACUUCUGCCAGUCGGCCUUCGCCUCGGCCAUCCUCGUGAGCGACGUCAUGGCCGCUGGCUACGUCGACAACUUCGCCUCUGUAUCCAUGGGCCCCGAUCUUGCUGCCGCAGCCUGCCAGGCCAUCCGUGAAGUGCUGGAGGUGCGGGGUCUACCCGUCGGGGCUUUCGCCGCCGCGGCCCAGCGCGUGGUCUUCAUGGGCCUGGACAUCCUGGGCGAUGUAGGUGUCGUCGGGUGCAAGAGCGACAGGCGCAGCCUUGCGUCGCCGCUGGCUCCGUCAGCGGUGGUGGGCCACUGCGCGUGGGGCAUGGCCGCCAACGGGCCAAUAUUGUUGAUCUUGAACUCGGUAUACCGCUUCAUGGCCCUGGGCACGCCGGCGGCCGCGCCGCCGUGGCCUUCGGUCAUCGCAGAGUUGCGGGCGGCGGCCGCCCUCAUCCCGCUGUAG